AUGGUACAGACGCUCAAGCUGGCCGUUGCUCAGGCCGCAACAAAGCCCACGCUCGCAGAGACGCUAGAAAGCCUGAGGGCCAUUACGCUCGAUGCCGCCUCGAAAGGCGUAGACCUAUUGCUCUUUCCAGAGGCGUACCUCGGAGGAUAUCCCCGUACAUGCAACUUUGGCGCCGCUGUAGGUGCCAGAUCCGAUGAAGGCCGGGAGCAGUUCCUCCAGUACUUCCAUGCUGCUGUCGAUCUUGGCGACACGCCUCAAGGUGCUGGAGAUGAUUGGACCGACAGAAAGCUUCCCAUCGCCAAGGGGGCAGAAUAUCGGGGAGACGGGACAAGGGAAUAUCUAGAGCGGGUUGCCAGAGAGACUGGGGUCUUCGUGGCUACUGGCUUGGUGGAGAAGGCCGGCGGUACGCUAUAUUGCGCCGUUGUAUAUGUUUGCCCUCGCUUGGGAGUACUCGGGAAGAGGAGAAAGGUCAUGCCGACGGGCUCCGAACGCCUAGUCUGGGGACAAGGCUCUCCAUCAACACUCAAGGCGGUGACGACUACCAUCAAAGGAGUGAGGCUAACGAUGGCUUCAGCUAUAUGCUGGGAGAACAUGAUGCCGCUAUUGCGGUAUAGUCUUUACAGUCAGAACGUCAACCUCUGGCUUGCCCCGACAGCUGAUGCGCGUGACACGUGGCUGCCGUUGAUGAGGACUAUCGGAGCCGAAGGCAGAACAUUCGUGCUGAGUGCCAUAUCUUGCGUGAAGCGACAGAACUUACCUGCUUGGGUGACUGGGAAUGCUGCGACGGCAUCUCAGUCCACCAUUUCCACACGCUCAACUGGUGGUGGCCGUCGUCGAUCCACCAUUACGGUCCGCGAGGAUGGUCAUGAGCUCGUUUUGCCAGUCGUGGACGAGGAUCCCGAUUCAUCGUCGGCUAUCGCCACAGCGGCUGAGUCGAGUGCACAUGAUAAGCUGAGCGGCCACGUCAACGGUGCAUCUGACCCAGCUGGUGAAGAGUUUGUAUGUCGAGGUGGAUCCUGCAUAGUAGGACCAUUCGGUCAGGUAGUAGCAGAGCCUCUGUGGGAGGUUGAAGAGGGGGGCCUGCUGAUACAGGAGGCCGAUUUUGAAGACUGCGAGCGUGGUCGGCUUGACCUCGACGUGGCGGGGAGCUAUUCGAGGAAUGACGCCUUCAAGUUGACCGUGGAUGGCCUUGAUCUCAAUCCUCCACCGUAG